AUGGCGGACGAAGUGGGAGAUUUGAUUAUCAAGUUUGCGAAAGACGAGUUUAAAAUAACUGGCUUGUUAUCUACAGACACCGUAAAAGACCUUAAAGAAGCUGUCUAUAGAGUAACUUCAGUGCAACCCAACCGUCAAAAGCUGCUUGGAUUGAAAAUGAAACCACAUGAACUUACAGAUGAGACAGUACUAGCUGUACUGAAGUUACGACCAAAUAUGAAACUCAUUUUGAUGGGAACAAAAGAGGAGGAGAUUGAGAAGCUAACAGAUACUCCUGCGGAUUUCCCUGAAGUUGUCAAUGAUUUUGACAUUGAAGAAGAGGAAAUUGCUAUUGAAAACAGAGAGGAGUACCUAGCCAAGAUUGAAAGACGUGUGAAGACAUAUAGAGUGAACACCCUGAAUGAAUGUCGACCUGGGAAAAAGCUUCUUGUUCUAGACAUCGACUACACAUUGUUUGACCACAGGUCAACAGUGGAGCAGGCAAAUGAGCUCAUGAGGCCAUACUUGCAUGAGUUUCUUACGGAGGCUUACAAAAACUAUGACAUUGUGAUAUGGUCUGCUACAGGAAUGAAGUGGAUUGAAACAAAACUAAACCUGCUCGGUGUCUCCUCUCACCCAGAAUAUAAAAUUUGUUUCUACCUGGAUGCAGAUGCAAUGAUCUCCAUACACACACCAAAAUAUGGUGUCAUAGAGGUGAAGCCCUUGGGUGUAAUCUGGGGCAAGUAUGAGCACUGGAGUGAGAAAAACACUAUCAUGUUCGAUGAUGUCCGUAGAAAUUUCAUCAUGAACCCACAGUCAGGUUUGAGGGUGAAAGCUUUUCGCGAUGGACCAGUGAACCGUUUCAGUGACACAGAGUUGCUCAAACUGGCAGAAUAUUUAAACUGUAUAGCUGACCUGGAUGACUUUACAGUGUUGGAUCAUAGAAAUUGGAGAGAUUACAGGAAAAAACCAGCUCACAAACAAGUGAAAAGUGGGGAGUCAAGUAACAAGAGUAGGCAACUCCAGUCUGACGAUAGCACGUCUUGA